AUGGCGAGGCACGAGGCGGCAGCAGCGGGCGUGGACUUCCACCUACCGGACAAGAUCCUGACUGUGAUCCCCACCGACCCGUACGAGCAGCUGGAUGUGGCACGCAAGAUCACCUCCAUGCCCAUCGCCUCCUGGGUCUCCCGCCUCGAGGCCGACGUCACAUGCCGCCAUAGCGACCUCGCCAACCGCAAUCGCGCUAAGGCCGACCUCCGCGCCUACCUCGCUGACACCGACGCACGCCUCCAUGCCGCUCUCGAUGAUAGCGCGAAGCUGGUGAAGGAGAGGGACUCGCUUGCCGCAAUGGCUAAGAAGCUGACGAGGACCUGUUUGGAGGCAUUUAAACAGUUGAUGAAAUCAUUGAGUGAAGAUAAUUUGUUGCAAUUGUCCGAUACUGGUCAGGAUCACGAUGCAGAAGAUAAUUUGACUGUCCGAGUCCCGUCUUGGAAAGACGAAGUUUCAAGCAGUCACACUUCUUCAGAUGCUUCCAGCAGAUCUACAAUUACUAAAUCCGCCCAUGGUGGCGGAUACCAGCUCUCAAUCACGCCAUACAUGCCUCCAAAAUUAACUCCCGGUUCAACACCUACGAUUUUGUCCUUCAGUGGUUCCCCACGAGCUUAUUCAACUGGUCCCGCCUCUCCCAAGUUCUUAUCUGGUCCAACUUCUCCUUCAAGAACUCGAUCUGAGGGUCAAUCGACAUUUUCAUCAUGGCAAAGAUCGUCAAGCCAUCAGUAUUCAGCACCUGCAUCUCCUCCUCAACGCCGCUCAUACACAGGUUUCAGGCUAAACUUUGUGCAAAUGUGGUGUCUCAUCUGCUCAACUGUUUUUGAGAGAAGAAAGAUUGUCACAUGGAAAAUCCAUCCGAAUUGGGAAUUUCAGUGCUAAAACUUUCUUCUCGUGGUGCAACCUUCAGGUACCUUCAGGUUUCACUA